UUACCUAUUAAGACGAGCCCUGGAAAUUUAAAUUUUAUCUCAUUAGGUAUCAGCAGGUCAGAAAAGAUAAGGACAGGUAUACUUGUUCUGUCUCCGAGACCAAACCGAUAAACGGUUUUUACCUCCAAGAUAGGCUGGCACAGAGUCUAUAUAUACUCAAACAGGAGAAAGCAAACUGUAAAUUGGACUGUGCAAACCUACCGAAUAACUGUUGACAUUUCAUUUAUUUCUUAAUUCAGAAGGUACAAGGUGACACAGUGUUCAAUGUUUUUAUACCAGCUAGUAUGUUAAUUCUGGGAUGUAGUUCUUAGAAAAACAGUGGCAUAAUCCUGUGUUGACAUUUUUUGUUAUUUCUUGGGGAUUAAAUGUGAAGAAUAUUCGCAGUGACCAUGAUUCAAGCAGGGAACCUGAAUAUUGUCCAAAUCGGUGGAGGACGAGUCAAGGGCAAGGUCGUUCGAGGUCGAUCUAAGAGCACAACUGCAGUUCCAGAUAAAUUGGUGACAGAUAUGCAGACAGUGGAGAGACCAAAACUUACAGAUGACAGCUACGACCUGCCCGAGCCAGAGCCCGAUUACCAGGACGAAGACGUGAUCGACGCUCCCACGGAAAAAGAAAACACCAUAGACAUGUUAUCACACUCGCUGAAGGAGAAAGUGAUUUUACGUGAACGGAAAUCCUCCAAUUCAGAGAUAGACAAAAGACUGUCCGAUCCAGGAAAUGACGAUUUACUCAUAAAACCGAAGAAGCUAGCCAACCCCUGUAUUGCCUCCCCUGCUCGGAUGGCCGUUCAUAAAGAGCUGCUUCUCAACUAUAAAAUGGGUAAGAACAUCUUGGAAAAACCAGAGCUAAACAAAGUGUUUGAUAAAGUCAAGGAGAAGCAAAGGGUUCAGGAAUGGGAAUCGCAAAAGAAACCAAACAAGAGGACCAGUUUAGAGCUUAAGUUAGAACAGCAGGCAUCAAGGUUAAAAGAGCAAGAAGAAACUCUGAAACCAGUCAAAGAAAAGAAUGAGAGUGAGUCUGAACUUUCACGAAUGCAAUCCAAAAUUCUCAGUCGAUCCAUGAAUGGUUCCACGGUUAAAUAGCGAACAGCCGAACUCUGAAAUCCUCCAUACUUGUCAAGUUUCAUCGCCACAAGUCAUCUGUAGAGAAUGAAUUCAAAGAUGAAAAAGAAAGAUAUAUGCCCACAUUUUUGUAUGAUUGAAGUGAAUUUUUUUCUUAUUGUCAAUAUUUUUGAAUUCAUCUGGUUUGGAAGAUGUCCAUUUUGUUAACAAUCAUACCAGAUAAAGUGUAUGCAUGAAUUUCAAAUUAUGUCUUGUUUCCAUUUAAUAUUUUAAAGAAUUUAUACUGUAUAUUUCAAAACAACUUCAUGAAAAAUUUAAUCAUUUGAUUUAAAAAAUGCUGAGAAAAUAUGGGCUGUUGGUGGCUAUUUGUGUUGUAAGAUGCAUUUAGUAAUAUGUUUCACCAGCCAAAGUACUCUGUAUUGGAUCAGCUGUUAAAAUACUUAAUAUUAAAAAGUCAAUCAUAGAUAAAACCAAGUACAUGUACAUAAAUGUAGUGAGACUGUGUGCAAAUUGUGUUGCAUUUAGCAUUAUCUCCCCUUGACUAUAUAAAAAGUGACCAAGUUUACAUUGUGAUAUGAAAAAAAAGUGUGCUAUUAUUCAGAUGAUUUACUUUUUGUAUUUUGUACAUCUGUAUUGCAUUUGAUUUAUACAGAAUUUCUAAUAAUAAUUAAUUUUUGGGAAUGACUUCAAUGUAAAUUGAAAUUGUAGCAUUCUUUUAUCAUUAAAGGUUGAUAAAGUUGUCUUACAUUUACAACAUGUACAAUUUCAGUGAUAUUUUUAAAAUGUUAUCAUUGCACAUUUGUAAAUGUUUGGCAUCAUUUAUCAUAUUUGACCAAUUAUCAUUAUUUUCAUUUCCAAUCAAUAUAACUGUAGUCAUUAUUUUAAUAUAGAACAUUUUUCAGUCAUCAAAUUUUUUUUUCAAUCAAAAUACUACAUAUAUGUAUGGCAUUAAGUGUGGUACAUUCAGCAGCAUAAUUUGUCCUCCUUAGUUUAGUCAUAACAAUGAUGGUCCUGAAUGUUAACAGAUGCUAUUUGGAUGACAUUUCCUAUCUAAAAGAUGUGUCAAUUGUUUGCAGGUUCAAUUCAAAAGAAUUAUAUUGCAUCGCUAUAAGAUAUAUUUAGGGGUGAAGAAUACAAUUUAUAAUAUUACUAGGUACAUGUAAAUAUACACUUGCGAGAUUGUCAAUACUAGUAUAUAUAUUUUGUACACGUUCUUGUGUUUAAAGAUUGUAUUUGUUAAUCUUGUAACAGCCUUUAUUUGACAAAAGUUAACAAGGAAUUGAUUAUAGGGAAUUUUUAUGGCAACAUUAGUACAAUUUCUAUCAAUGUUAACUUGAAGUUGUAACUCACUAGACUACUUGUAAUCAAGCCUCAUUUUGAUUCAGAUUGACAGUCCAUUUUUCUUUACUCAGAUUUAGUAAAUGGUUAAUUAUUUGUCAAGAUUAUUAGGAAAACAAUCAUCAUUUAAAAUGUGAGAUGCACUUUUUCUACAAUUUAAUUUUACCUGAAAAACUAAGGUGAAAAUUUGAUGUCUUCCAUUACUGUGUAAAAACCUGUCCAGAGGCAUUUAGUGACUUAACUUGUGUUAUUUUAAAAUAAAAGUCUUACCGAUGAUUACAAAACAGCUGCAGAUCAUCGUCGGGUCAAAGACAAGGUCAACUGGGCAUAUGAUCAUGGUAGUUGCAGAUAUAUAAAACACUUCUGUUCAAUAUGCCCUAAUCAUGUCAGUAUAUUUUAUGUAAACUAUAAGUUGUAUUUUCAGAAACUUCUUUUUCUCUAAAUUUUCUCCUUUACUUUUUUCCCCCUGAUUUUAUAAUAAUAAGAUAAAAAAUAUUUUUCUACGGUACAUGGUAGAAAUCUGCAGAUUUGAGUGUUUUCCCACAUAUCACAUCAUUUGGUGCUACAUACAAUGUACAUGCUUAGAGCUAGAAAAAAAAUUAAAACAGAUACUAUAUAAUGGGGUAUCCUUCCAGUAACCCCCCCCCCCUUCAAAAUCGAAGAAAUAUUUUUCUUUUAUAAAUGUUGUCCUUUUUCUGUUGUGUAAAUGUUUUGUGACAUGUGGCUUACAGCCAGUUAGAGCUAAAAUUUGUUCUGUUGUGUCAGAUUCUAUCCAAAAACCACGCAUUUUAUAGUAUUACGUUCUGUAAGACAUUUGGACCUCAUUUAAAUAUUUGUAUGCUAUAUAUAUAUUAUGAAUAAUUUAUUAAAUGUUACUUUAAACAUG